UCAAAGAAACAGCCAGACAAACUUUCUUUCCGUGUAGGAAUAAUUAUCAUCCCCCUUCACCAUGGCCCACCUGGGAGCACAUUUUGCCUUUAGAUCCCGCUGGCAGAAGACCGACAAUGAACUCUGUCGACACAGCAUGUCCUUUAUCCUUCACAAAGCCAUUCGCAAUGACUUCUUUCAGAGCUAUCUCUACCUUCUGGAAAAAAUAUCCCUGGUGAAACUGUAUGCUUUGACAAGCCAAGUUAUCAAUGGUGAGAUGCAGUUCUACGCCAGAGCUAAACUCUUCUACCAGGAAGUACCAGCUACAGAAGAGGGUAUGAUGGGAAAUUUCAUUGAACUCUCCAACCCAGAUGUCCAGGCCUCUCAGGAAUUUCUCAGGAAAUUUGUUGGGGGGCCCGGGAAAGCUGGAACGGACUGCGCCUUGGACUGCGGCUCUGGGAUUGGAAGAGUCAGCAAACAUGUCUUAUUGCCGGUUUUCAACAGUGUGGAACUGGUGGACAUGAUGGAACCGUUUCUCCUCGAAGCUCAGAACUACUUGCAAGUCAGAGGGGACAAGGUAGAAAGUUACCACUGCUACAGCCUGCAGGAAUUUACGCCCCCACUCAGGAGAUAUGAUGUCAUCUGGAUUCAGUGGGUCUCUGGGUACCUGACUGAUAAAGACCUUCUUGCAUUUCUGUCCCGGUGCCGAGAUGGCCUGAAAGAGAACGGCGUCAUCAUACUGAAGGACAAUGUGGCUCGGGAGGGCUGUAUCUUCGAUCUCUCUGACAGCAGCGUGACUCGGGACAUGGACAUCCUCCAGAGCCUCAUUAGGAAGAGUGGGCUGGUGGUGUUGGGCCAGGAGAAGCAGGAGGAUUUUCCAGAGCUUUGCAUCCCAGUGUGGAUGUUCGCUCUGCACAGCAAUGGAUACCCCUAGACAGCACUGGGAAUGGCCUGCUAGACCGGGCA